AUGAUCAUCGAAUUGCUUUCUACGCUUGAUAUUGAGACCAGAAGCCUGCUGUCUAUUCAUCAACAACUAAAGAAGGAAAAUAAAAGUACGCCCGUUCGUCUACGUGACAAGCCAACAAUUAAUGACUUUGCCUUACAUUCGGCGAUAUGUGUACAAGCCAUAGGUACUAUGUAUACCAAUUGUCUUGAGAACUCCAACGGCCUUUAUGGAGACAUUAUAAUCCUCAAAAUUGCAUCAUAUGUUAUCAAUUCUAUGUCCUCAGCUAUGAUUCUGCGCAAGAAAGAGCUUGUAAAUGCUGAGAAGGCUGUGUAG